UCUGGCUACGAAUGGAAUCGGAUACCACAACAAAGGUGAUCACUUUUUUGUUCUAUAUAGAGUCCCUCCCUCACAUUGGAAAUUAAUUGCUACAAGGCAUUGGAUAUCUGGGAUCAGUCUCUCUUUGUUCAUUCUUGGAUUAGCAUGGAUGGGGAGAAGGACCAGGCCGGUGAGAAAAAGAAAGCAAUAGUUGUCGGGCCAUGGGGAGGCAAUGGAGGGACUAAUUGGGAUGAUGGAAAUUACAGUGGAGUGAGAGAAAUCUCUCUCAAAUAUGGUCGCUGUAUCGACUCAAUAUGUGUGGUUUAUGAUAAGAAUGGAAAGCCUGUUUCAGGAGAGAAGCAUGGAGGUUCCGGGGGUAGUAGCACUGCCGAGAUCAAGCUGCAAUUUCCCGAAGAGUUCUUGACAACGGUGAGUGGGCACUACUCGCCCGUGGUUCGUGGUGGCACUCCUGUGAUCCGAUCACUCACAUUUAAAAGCAACCAGAGAUCGUUUGGGCCAUUUGGAGUAGAAGAAGGAACACCAUUCUCCUUUCCAAUGGAGGGUGGCCAAAUUGUAGGAUUCAAGGGAAAGUGUGGUUGGUUCUUGGAUGCCAUUGGGUUUCACAUAUCUCGACACAGAACAACCAAAGUGAUGCAAAAAGUUCAACAGAGGUUCAGAAGACUGACUAGUUCAGUAUCUUAGGCUGUCCCUAAAGAUAGCGACGAAACUCGAGUUGAAGUCAUGAAAGCUUCAGCUUCAUAGGAUGAUGAAGAGUUCUUAUAUAGGUGUUACAAAGCAUACUUGUGUUGAGUAUUGUAUUCAAUGUAAUUUCAGAAAUAAACGGAUACAAUUCCAUCUAAGAGUGUGCUUUAACGAUCAAGACGAUGCUCAUUGCAAUGUUGAGAAGGUUGUCACUCAUAAGCUGCCAUAUGAUUUAAUCCGCUUUUA